AGCGAAUUCACAUUAACAAAAUGGCAGCGUCCUUGAGCAGACAACGCAGAUUAUUAUCAGUUGCAUUCAGCCAGUUAAAUUCUGCAAUUUGUUCCAGCGCUGAAUUAAGAAGCAUACACUCCAGUGCUGUUUCGUAUAAGAACCAUGCAGCCCGUGUUCGGGUGGGUAAGGGCGACAGGCCGGUAACGUAUGAACAGGCCCUGCACCCCCACCAGAUAGCUCACAGGAAGGGGUGGCUUUCACAGCACACAAGUAACCUGCAGGGAGAAAGUGAUGCUGCAGAGCGGACCGUAGAAGACAUGUUCAUCCGCCGCUUCAUAUUCGGCACAUUUCACAACUGUUUGGCUAAUGAACUGGUUAUCAAACGCAGAGGAAACAUGCUGGUGAUCUGCGCUCUGAUGCUGCAGAAGCUUCAGCCUAAUAAGUAUUAUUUUCUCAUAGGCUACACGGAGGAGUUGCUGUCUCACUUCUAUAAGUGUCCUGUAAAGAUGGAGAUACAGACAUUAGAGGAUAAAACUGUCUACAAAUAUCUCUAAGAUCCUGUCUCCAGAUUAAUCCUGAUGGAGAACUGAAAAAUAAAGCAGCAUUUCUCUGUAUUUCUCACUGUUAUGGGUUGUACCAUGUGCAUAUAUAAGCAUCAAAAUGUGUUAAUUCUAUUAAAUAAAGAAUAAUACAAACAGUACCUCUGCAAACUAAA